AUGUUGGAAAUUUUAAACGGAUUCCUUCUUGUUUAUUUCGUCUUUUUAUGCACUAUCAGUGCCUUAGUGCCUAUAUUAGUGAAACCUAUUGUUGCAUGUUUCUCUGGAGCAUCGAAAGAGGAACGUUCUGCUUGGAGGGAAGUGAUGAAACUUAAAGAGGUCCAGAAAAAUAUAUCAAUGAAAGAUGAAUUUGCAGCAUAUUCAAAACUUCAACGCAAAAUUAAUAAACUAGAAUCUCAGAUUAAAGAAAAUCGUUCGUCUCGGAUGAGUAAGGGUUUGGCCAUAAUUGGCUCAGUGCAUAUAGUGUUACAAGUUCUAGUUGCUUUAAUUAUUGUUGUCUCUGUAAUUUGGUUUAGACGGGAGCCAAUAGUGGCUUUAAAGGGUGAUCUUUUCCCAUUAACAACCAUUCUGCGUUAUCCAAGUGAAAUGCCUAAUGCUGUAUCAACACAUAUGUGGGUUUUAAUUUCAAAUUUUUCAAUAAGAACAUUGUUAAAACCUAUUCUUAGCUAA